UAAAUAUCAACAUAGAACGUAAACACACAAGAUAAAAUCUGUGUAUAUAGGCUUAAAAAAAUAACUGGUGGCAUUUAUUGCCUUUAAGAUUAAUAGUUCUGCUGGCGAAGAUCAACAUGAUUUGCUAUUUAAAGAGUGUAUUUCUCGUGGCAUGUCUAAUCCAAGUCGUCGAACUGGCCGUUGAGGACCGACUAAAGGACGAUUUUUUCCAUAUCUAUAAAAAUGCCGCCAUCGAAACGAGGGAUAUUCAGAACAACCCCGUUACGGAGGAUAAGGUGACUUUUUACCUAUAUACUAGCGAAAAUCCCGAAGAAUUUACCGCAAUUGACAAAGACAAUCUGGAGAGAUUUCGAAAUACGACAAACGAAAUCGUCUUCCUGAUCCACGGCUGGACAAACAGCAGAGAUAGUCCGUGGCUGAAUGACAUGAAAAAUGCAUUUUUAAUCCGCAAUAAAGACUGUUACGUCAUCAUCGUGGACUGGCAAGAGCCCGCCAAUCAGUUUUAUUACGUUUCGUCCAUAAACACUUAUGACGUCAGUAAAUUUAUAACAAACUUAUUGACAAAUCUAUACAAAAAUUACGGAGUGGAUAAGAAGCAGUUCCUGCUGGUGGGACACUCGCUUGGUGGCCAAAUUACCGGUUUUGUGGGAAAAUUAUUUAAAAAAGCGACGCUGGAAACGUUACCGAGGAUAAUCGCCCUUGAUCCGGCAGGCCCCUUAUUUACCAGCCGACCGGUUGACAAGCGACUUAACAAAAAUGACGCGGACGUAGUUGAGGUGAUCCAUACAGAUGGCGGCACUUUCGGUUUCGACGACGCAUGCGGAACUAUAGAUUUCUUUGUGAACGGAGGUAGUAGUCAACCUGGAUGCAAAAAAAUCGACUUGGCCGACCCCUUGGGUAGUUUCAAGGAUCCUUUAAUGUGUGACCACCAGAGAGCGUAUGCGUACUUUAUCGAAGCACUUCUGAACCCUACUGAUCUGGUGGCGCAGAAAUGCAGCAACUGGGCACAGUUUAAGGUUAAUUAUUGCGACAAGGAAACCGUUCCUUUGGGUGACUUGAAUACCACUUUGACUGGCAGAUUUUAUUUGGAAACCAAUAAGGAAAAACCUUAUACUAGAAAAACUGGAGGGGGCUUCAGUUUAUCCAGACUGUUGCAUGUUUAAUUUUUGUGUCAAAAAUGCUUAAGAUUAUAUUGAAAUUAAGAAUUAAGUGCUAUUUAUAAUAUUUGAAAAAUAACAUAGGAUUUUUUUUUCAUUACAAAAAAGAGCAAAAAUAAUAAUGAACUCCAAAAAAUUUCUAAGCAUGUCUAAGCUCAACAUAAAUUCGACCAAUUUGAUAAAACCGCGAAAGUUGUAUUUACAUAUCGAGAAUUUCAACUUAAGAUAAAAUAAAAAAUAUGGAGCAUAUCGCCAAAUACAGAUUAAUUGUCUUGAUAUAGAGCUUAUGAUAUAUCUAAGCGUGCUACGGCAGAUUCUUCUUUAAUUUCUUUAUUUGAACAGUGUGUUAAUAAGUGGAUAAUAUUAAUAAUAAUAAUAAUAAUAAUAAUAA